AUGUCAUAUUCGAACAAGUAUACUUUCGCGGCCUUGCCGAGGACGCAGCGUGGUACACCGCUCGUUUUGGGUGGAGACCCUAAAGGGAAAAAUUUCCUUUACACAAACGGAAAUUCAGUUAUAAUACGUGAUAUUGAGAAUCCGGCCAUAUCCGACGUAUACACAGAACAUUCGUGCCAAGUUAACGUCGCGAAAUAUUCACCGAGUGGUUUCUACAUCGCGUCUGGAGACGCUUCGGGCAAGGUGCGAAUCUGGGACACCGUUAACAAGGAGCAUAUCCUCAAGAAUGAGUUCCAGCCGAUCGGUGGGCCGAUCAAGGACAUCGCCUGGAGCGCCGAUAGCCAGCGCAUGGUCGUGGUGGGCGAGGGCCGUGAGAAGUUCGGCCACGUGUUCAUGGCGGAGACGGGCACGUCGGUGGGCGAAAUCAGCGGCCAGUCGAAGCCCAUCAACUCGGUGGACUUCAGGCCGUCCAGGCCUUUCAGGAUCGUGACCGCGUCGGAGGACAACACCAUAGCGGUGUUCGAGGGGCCGCCGUUCAAAUUCAAGUGCACCAAGCAGGAGCACACGCGUUUCGCUCAAGCGGUACGCUACAGCCCCGACGGCGGUCUGUUCGCGUCGGCCGGUUUCGACGGCAAGAUAUAUCUGUUCGACGGCGCCACCUCCGAGCUGAAGGGGGAGAUCGGUUCGCCAGCGCACAAGGGCGGUGUGUACGGCAUUUCCUGGUCUCCGGACGGCCAGAGGCUGCUCUCCUGCUCCGGAGACAAGAGCUGCGCCAUCUGGGACGUCCAGACCAUGCAGAGGACCACCACCUUCAACAUGGGCAACGCCGUUGAGAACCAACAGGUCUCCUGCCUGUGGCAAGGCAAGCACCUGCUCUCCGUCUCGCUGUCGGGAGUGAUCAACUACCUGGAUGUGGACAACCCUGAUGUGCCGCUGCGGGUGCUGAUGGGCCACAACAAGCCCAUCACCUGCCUGGCGCUCGAGCCCGUCACCAAGACGGUGUUCACCGCCAGCCACGACGGCUGCGUCACCGCCUGGAACACCUCCACCGGCGAGGGCCGUCACGUGGGCGGCGCCGGCCACGGCAACCAGGUGAACGGCAUGAGCGUGGGCGAGGGCGGAGCCCUGAUCACGUGCGGCAUCGACGACACGCUCCGCUUCGCCAGGCCCCCCGCCGAAGGUGAGGUAGCUGUUUACGAAAGCGCCAGUGUCACUUUGGGCAGCCAACCGCGCGCUAUGGACCACCUAGCCGAUGGUGACCUCACCAUAGUGGCUACAGUCAAAGAGUUGGUGGUGGUGGUUGGUGGUAGCCGUCGAGCGGGUGUACCGUUGCCGUACGAGCCCAGCUGCGUCGCCAUCGACGCAGCCAAUAAGCACGUCGCCGUCGGUGGUGCCGACAGCAAAGUUCAUAUCUACAGUCUCCAGGAGUACUCACUGACACCGAAGACUGAGUUGACACACCUUGGCCCGGUAACAGAUGUACGCUACAGCCCAGACUCGGCCUAUCUCGUGGCCAGCGAUGCCAACAGGAAACUGAUACUCUACAGUGUUGAAGAGUACAAGUUGGCCCAUAAUAAGGAGUGGGGUUUCCAUUCUGCUCGCGUGAACUGCGUGGCUUGGUCUCCUGACUCCAAGAGGGUUGCUUCAGGCUCUCUUGAUACCACCAUCAUCAUAUGGAACGUUGAUCAACCAGCUAAGCACACCAUAAUUAAGAACGCGCAUCCGCAAAGCCAGAUAACGGGCCUAGCGUGGCUGGACGACGAGAGUGUCGUGUCAGUGGGUCAAGAUGGCAACACUCGCGUUUGGAACGUGCCGAAGGCC